AUGUUCGUUUCAUAUCUACCAAGAAAUGACUUCAACAUAACGAUCAUCAUCCCUUUCUUCCAGACAUACCCUCCGCCACCACCGCCACCGCAGCAGCAGAGAGAUCUCUCUCAACUAGUCUCCACCUGGAUCUGCGUCGUCGGCUCCAUCUUACUCUUCCUGUUUCUCGUCGUCUUCCUCUACCUCUACUUCACGCAACCACGGCGGAGCUCAGCCUCCGAAGCGGCUUCCAGUAGUACAAACCGACAGGAAGACGACGAAGAAGUAGGACAUAGAGAUCACUCCGGCGACCAUCACGUCUGGCGAAUCACAACCCUCGGUCUCCAUCGUUCUGCGAUAGACUCGAUCAAAGUCGUUGGAUUCAAAAAGGGAGCAGGGAUCAUCGACGGCACAGAAUGCUCCGUCUGCUUAAACGAGUUUGAAGAAGACGAGUCGCUGAGAGUGUUACCAAACUGUAACCAUUCCUUCCACAUCAACUGCAUCGACACUUGGUUGCUCUCUCACAAGAACUGUCCUUUAUGUCGUUCCCCUAUUCUUCUCACACAGCCUCGUCAUCAAGGAACAGAGACGAAUCAUCCUCAUCAAUCAGACUCUGGAUUAAGCAAUGACCUCAACGGAGAAGGAGAGAGUUCCGGAUCAAGAAACCGUAAUGUUCUUGCCAGGGCUCAAAGCGAUUUAGCAAACCAUUGUGGCUCAAAAUCCGUGGAAACUGUGAGAAGAUCGCUUUCUAUUGGAGGAAGCUCGUCACUUAAUUUCUACACUAGUUUCAGUGCCAAUUUCUUCUCAUCAUCAAGAAGAUUGAGGAACCAAGACCAAGUUCUUCCAAUUCGGAUGCCUUCUGUAUCUGAUUCGACCGCUUAA